AUGGCCUGCCUCAACAUGUCUAGGCAUGCAAAGAUGCCGUUGUGGUUCAAGCAAUUCUGGUCCGAUCGACGCCGCUCGGUCGAUUUAACGGACUGGAACGAUGGAGGACAGGAUAUGAACAGCCAUUCCGGAGAUGCUGCUAUUGGUUAUGAUCAACUGCAGAGUAGCUCUUCAAAGUACCAAACCCCAAAACUAUUAACAUAUGAGGAGGGUCAGCCAAACCUGCCGGUGUUAACACCAACCUUACGCAAUGAUCGGCCACCAACGAUCCUAACUAUAGGCACAACGAGUAGUGGAGAAACUAUCGCACUCCCUAGCCCACCCCCGCGUCCGGCACUACCGCUCUUGCCUGGUGAACUAUAUGACGUUAUCGAAGCGGAGACUAAGUUUGGGAUCUCCAUUUUUACAGCAUAUCGCGACAUUCGCAUGCGCGAGCAAAGGAUUUUGUUUUCUGCUCGCUUCCAACAGACCCCUUUCAAAGACCAUAUAAUCUCCUGCCCUAUAGUCAUCUGCGCUUCACACCUUGCUCAAAACCGUCGAGAAUCACUCCAACGCAAGCUCAACGCUGCUCGUGAAUUGGUACCAAAUUCAAUCUGGGAACUGUUUAAAGUGGACCAAUCUGCAAGUCUUAUUGUCUUUGCAUAA